AUACGUAAUUACCACAAUAUCAUUCAAUAAUAUUGUUUAUAAUUGUUUAUAGUCUUUUAGUUAUACAAUUCUGUACAAUAUAUUUAUAUUUAUUGUAUAUGUAUAUACAACCCGACGAACUCUCUCCCUUGAUUCGGAUUUACAAAUAAUUCUCAAUGUAAAAUAACUUGAAUAUUGAGUGGUUAUAUUUAAGUUAUUGUGUUGUUUUGGAAUGUUUCGAGUUCCUAAAACAAUGCCAACGGUAACAACAACGUCCAUUGUGUCAUCAUCAUUAUCAUCCUCAUCAUCACUAUUUUCAUCAUCGUCAUCAUCAUCAUCAUCAUUAUCAUCAUCGUUGUCAUCGUCAUCCUCAUCAUCAUCGUCAUCUUCAACAUCCUCAUUAUCAUCAUCAUCAUCAUCACCACAACUAUUAAUGACAUCAUCUUUAUCAAAUAAUAAAAUAAAAAAAAAAUGCUGUUAUGGUCCUUAUGAUUGUACACAGCAAUGCUUGGAUAACUAUAAUUAUUGCCUUCGGCAUAUUUUAGAGGAUCCAAAUGCACCGUACAAACAAUGUGCAUUUAUCUAUAAUGCUAAUGGCCGUAAGUGUUGUAAUCCUAACAGUGUUGAUACGGCUUAUUGUAGUGAGCAUACCAGAAGAGCACAAUUGGCGAGAAUAAAGUCAACAUCAAAACAUAUGUUUCCCCAAACACCCGAAGGAUUAUUGCUUAAUUUACAGCAUUAUACUAAACAAAAUUUAAAUAAUGGAACUAUUGUAAAUGGUGAAAUAACAGAAAAAUCAGAAUUUUUAGACCCUUUUACUGAUGUUGAUGCAAUGAAAGUUAAUGCAAGUGGCUGUGAUAUUUUAGAUUAUGGUAGCUCAUCAGACAGCGACGUUGAACCAACUGUACCAAGUGAAUCUUUACGUGGAACAUACUUGGAUGAUAGCGAUAAUGAAAGUUUUCACAGUCCACAAGAAGACCCCUUAAACAUUAAUUUUUUAAGGCAUGCUGGCGUAUUUACAGCUGAAGAAGUUAUUUACAUCGCAAGAGAAAAAUUGAUAAGAUUACAAGCACUUUACAUAGAUCAAUUUAAACGACUGCAAUAUACAUUACGAGAAAAACGUAGAAAAUACUUGCAUGCUUUGAAAAAAGAAAAGGAAACUCUAUGUAGUGUUCACGAUCAAGGAAAAGAAACGGCUAGAGAAAAAAAAAUAUAUGAAAAAUUAAAGGCAUUAAAUCGUUAUCAUCGGAGAAGCGGUGUUGAAGCUAUUUUAUAUAAAAAAUCAAUAGAUCGUAGGUCAAAAUCAACCGAAGGGGCGGUAUUAAAAACACCAAAUAUUCCAAAAUGCAUUUUCACUGAAGGUGGUGUCAAGUGUGGAGAAAGAACAUUACCUUCCGCUAAACACUGUAGAAAACAUAUUUUAAAGGAUCAAAAUCAAGUAUUAUUCAAAGCUUGUGGAGCAAUACGAGCAGAUAUCGAAUGUCAUGAACCAGUACCUGUUAUUUUCGAUUCAAAUUGUGUAUUUCAUAUGGAUUUGCCAUCAUUUUGUAAAGUAGAACCGAUGAAAUUUAAUUCUGCUAUCCCACUAAUGGAAAUAGAUACUAUUCAACAAGAAAAUGGUGAAGUAGAUCCAGAUGAUGAUGUUGCCGGACUUAUGCGUGAAAUGAAUGAUUCACUAACGUCAAAUAAUAAAAAACUUGAUACCUCUUACAAUGAAAGUAUAAAUAGCGAAGCUAGUACGGAUACAGCACCUCACAGUGAUGAUAAAGAUGAUGCCAUGUCAAUGUAAUUUUUGUAAAAAAUUUUAAUCAAUAAAAAUUAUUUCAACCCAAAUAAAAAUAGUAUAAAU